UCAUGUUCUUUUCCUCGUCGCCAGUCUCUCUCAUGUUCUUCCUCAGAAGUCGGAACAACACCUGCUCCUCAUCCAAAUCGAGCUUCUCUCUCAAAUCCAUGGCCUGGACCCGUGACACAGCUUAGCCCAUUCCCGUUGCUGUAGGUUUCGCCCCCAACUCCUCCUCGCUCCACGGCGGCACCGCCGCUUUCUUCCAGCAUGUUCAAUCCGGCGAACCCCUCAUACCGGUGGGAGAAAGGCUGCGCGCCAACCAGUGCCAGGUCCUCCUCUCCUCCCCGCGGCGAGACGGCGCCGAGCGGCUCAUCGAUGACCUCCUCGUCGACAUCCUCUCCCGCGUCCCCACCAAGUCGCUCUGCCGCUUCAUGUGCGUCUCCAACCAUGUCCGGCUUCUUCUAUGGCCGCACCAUCACCGAGGACCACGAGUGGCUCCCGGGACCACCCGUCCACUUCACCAGUGCCCCAGGGAGAUGCGGCCUGCCGAUCGACACCUCCUGCGCCUUCCUGCCCAACCACCGCCGCGUCGAUCUGCUGGACUGCUGCAACAUCCUCCUCCUCUGCCGCUGGUAUGGCCUCUCCGCCGAGGCUAGCGAGUUAUCUCGUGUGCAAUCCGGCCACGAAGAAGUGGGUCCUGCUGCCGGACUCCUGCUAGGCCACCAUACAUUUGGGCUUGAAUCCGGCUGUGUCGUCGCAUUUGUAUGUGUUUGAGCUGCUUUUUCUUUUGGAAAUGGAGGCGUACCCCCGCCUCUCUGCAUCGUAAUGAUGCAUACAGUCAUCUUAUUAAAAAAUCCACGAAAUAGUAUAAAGUCAAAAAGAAGUAUUACAGCUCGCAAGCGAAGCAAAGCAAAUGAAUAAAAGAAAAAUACACGCUGACAAUCACAACCGGUACGGCAAUAUGAAGGAUAAGCUUCCUAGACUCCUAUCCUGUUAUGCGACCGCCAUCCGAACCGGUUGAAUAUAGCCCGUGCUACCAUCUCCCACUGGUUGCACCCAGUAACCAAAGGCUCCCUGGAGUCCAUAGGAGUGAGUAAGGACCACGUACGGAUCCAUGCGGUAGCUCCGAAGAUAACCUGUAUAAAGUUAAA